AUGCCAAAGUACGUUCUCACCGGUGCAGACGGCAAUCUUGGUCGAAUUGCAGCUAGCUUCGCCUUGGAGAUUGCUAACCCUGAUGAUGAACUUGUUUUCACUUCUUACAAACAAGAAGCCAUCCCAGAAGACCUUCGAAGAUCAUGGACCGACAAAGGUGCAAAAGUCGUCACUGCCACGUACGACGACAUUGAAAGCCUCAAAGCAGCUUUCCAAGGUGCUGAAGCUGUCUCGCUAAUCUCAACUUGGCUCUUCGGAGAAGGCCGACGUCGCCAGGCUCAGACAGUAGUGGAUGCUGCUAAAGCAUGCGGCGUCAAGAGGGUUUGCUAUACCUCCUUCGUCGGUGCUGGUAUCGAAGCCGAGAAUGAGGAGGAUAUUCCUUUCCUUCCUCGAGAUCACCACUUUAUCGAAAAGAUCAUCUACGCUUCUGGUUUAGAGUGGAAUAUCCAACGCAACUACCUCUACGCAGAUAAUAUUCCGACUCUGUUUGCACAGUCGUGGAAGUUUUGCGGUGAUCGCUGGCUGGUCAACACACAUGGCCAAGCUGGUGCCUACGUUGCACGAGAAGACUGUGGAAAUGUCCUGGCUGCCUUACUCCUUGGCAGAGGAAAGCCCAACAUUGUUUAUGAGAUUAGCGGUCCGGAAGCCGUGACCAAUGAAGAAGUUUUCAAGUGGAUGUGCGAACAGACCGGUUACAACGGUGAAAUCGUUGACAUGCCUGACGAGGAACUCAAGACAUGGUGGCUUGAUCACGGCUUACCUACGGAUUUCUUUGGUGAUUUCUCGAAGUUGCCUAUGAAACUUUGUAUCGGUGAUCUUCUGUGUUGUGGAGAGAUGGUUGCGCGGGGAUUUAUGGCAAAGACGACUGACAGUGUUGAGAAGCUGACUGGAAAGAAGCCGAAGCUGUAUAAAGAGGCUUUAUUGCAGUAUAAGGAUCUGUUCCCAAAGGCCUAG